ACUCUCCUCCAGUACAACAUUUUCAGUGAACCUUGGAGGACAAUAAGCUGGGCAGACAAAAGUGAUCUGCAGUAUUUAAAGGACUAUAAACCUCAGACUGACGGCCAGCAGCUCAGGAUUCUUCUUCAUGGACCAGUUGGAGCUGGAAAGUCCAGUUUCAUCAACUCUGUCCAAAGUGUCUUAAGAGGCAGAAUGUCCAGACAAGCUUUGGUGGACAACACCUCUGGCAGCUGUUUCACCAAAAAGUACACAACCUACAAGAUCCAAAAAGACCAACAGAUCUUUUACCCUUUUGUCUUUAAUGACAUCAUGGGCCUGGCCAAGGACAAAGGUGUCCCUGUGGACGACAUCAAACUGGCUCUGAAGGGACACGUCAAGGAAGGUUAUGAGUUUAAUCCUGAAUCAUCAUUGUCAGAGGAUAAUCCAUUCUACAACAAACAUCCGACUGCCAACGACAAAGUGCAUGUUCUGGUUUGUGUCGUUGCUGCCAACACCAUAUCUCAAAUGAGACAGGAAACUGUGGAGAAGAUUUGCAACAUCAGGAUGGAAGCCAGUAAACUGGAUAUUCCUCAAGUGGCCAUUCUCACCAAGAUUGAUGAGGCCUGUCCUGGUCAAAAACAUUUGAGGAAUGUCUACAGAGCCAAGUACAUUAAGAACAAGUGCAGCGGCAUUGUGGUUCUGUGCGGAGCUUAG